AUGACUUCUAUAUCCAAUGUUACCUACGACAUGUUCGUAGAUCGAACAGGAACUAGGGAUCAGUUUGAAAUUGACCCAGAUGCUUUCGAGAUCUUAUCGACUGUCAGAUAUGACCCUGGUCUCACUAAAGAGUCACCUACAUCUAUCGAUAAGGUGACCAAGCAGAACUUCUUCCUUCUCCCCGAGCAUGUGGAGAGAUUGAAAUACUCGGCCAGCUUCUUUAUUGAAGCAGCCAAACUGAAUAAUCCUCAUUUUGAGCAUUCUGUGUUCGAUAUCAAUGAAACUUUCAUAUACAAGAAGAUCCUCCAGGCACUCGAGGAAUCAGGCAUCUCGUUGGAUCAGCCGCUCAAAAUCAGACUUCUUUUGUCUCUUAACGGGGAGAUGAAGGUGGAAUUGUACCUGACGCCUGCUCGAAAUGAUCUAUUGGAUGGGUUAUCUGAUGAGUAUCCAGAAAGCGAGAAAUACGACGUCUACGUGGACAAGACACCAGUGUUGCCUUCUCCAUUCACGUCUUUUAAAACGACUUCCAGAAAGGUAUAUUCGGACGCUCGUAGUCGGGCUUUACCAGGAAAGCUGGCCAAGGAAGAAGUGAUUCUCGUUAAUACUUUAGGAGAAGUCACUGAAGGGUCCGUCACAAAUAUUGCUGUCUUAGAUAAGGAAGGCACAUGGGUGACUCCGCAACUCACAUCAGGAUGUUUGUGUGGAGUGACUCGCUACAUGCUCUUGAAAAAGAACCUAAUGAAGGAAGGUAAGGUCUCUCUAGACGAUCUCAUAGAGGGUCAGGAUGUAUUACUACUGAACGGCAUCUUGGGAGUUGUGAGAGGAACUAUUAAAGGGUUUGUAAACUAA